CGGCGGCAGCGCCCGGAGCCACCUGGCCUUCGCGCCGCCUAGGAGCCGGAGGGAGGGAGCUCCGCUUCGGGGGAGCUGCCCGAGGAGUCUGAGCCUUUCCCCCUGUCCGAGUUUCUCCCCUUGGCACAGGGGCAGCUGGCCCAGCAGCAGGUGCUGCUAACGCUGACUCGGCAGCGACGGAGCUGCUCUACCGACACGGUUCCGUGAAUGAAAAGAAAGAGGUGGAGGGACCAGGGCAUGAAGCUGCUGUUGAGGGGACUUGUGGCGCCCUCGCUGUGCUCAGAGAGGAAGAGUUUCCCAGCCCACUACCUGUACCAGUCUCCAUCCAGGACAUUCUGCACAAAGGGGGUGGGGCUGCUGUGAUUUUCACCUAAUCCUCAGGGCCGUGCAAGGUGCUGAGGGUGGGGCCUGUUGUUGAGGGGCACGAUCCAUUGUGGGGCCUGAGGUUUGCGCUGCCUCGUCCUGCCCGCCCAGGAGGAGUGAGGUGUGAGGGCUGGGCCUGGCCUGAUGCUGAUCUAAGAAGGGUGUGCCCAUAGCAUCCUUGGGCCUAGUUCUCGCCUCGGCCAUCGAGGAGGCAUCAGUGUCGCUCUCUGCCACGAUGAAGCUGCUGCGGCUUCUGUGCCGCCACAAGACAGCGCUGGGCCUGGGUGGCCUGGCACUCUUUGCUGUGAUCCUGCUCUACCUGGCCAAGUGCACCUCAGAGAGCCUCAGGCCCUUGCCAGGUCGGGGUCUGCCCCACAACCAGGCACCGCAGCCACCCCGCGGUGGAGUGGGAGCUGGGCCUCCCCUACCGGCAGCCCUGCUGCCCCCUGAGGAGACGGCUUUCCUGGCUGUCCUCAUUGCCAGCGGCCCCAAGUAUACAGAGCGCCGCAGUAUCAUCCGCAGCACCUGGCUCUCGAUAGCUGGCCGGCCCCCUCAGGAUGACAUCUGGUGUCGUUUCGUGAUAGGCACAGGCAGCCUGGCUGAGGAGGAGCUUCACAGCUUAGAGUUGGAGCAGAGCCGUCACCGGGACCUGCUGUUGCUGCCUGAGCUUCGUGAUUCCUAUGAGAACCUGACUGCCAAGGUCCUGGCAAUGUAUGUCUGGCUUGAUCUGCACUUGGAUUUCCGUUUUGUCCUCAAGGCUGAUGAUGACACCUUUGUACGCCUGGACGUACUUGUGGAAGAGCUGAGGGCCAAGGAGCCACGUCGUCUCUACUGGGGUUUCUUUUCUGGCCGUGGUCGAGUGAAGUCAGGUGGCAAAUGGAAAGAGAGCACCUGGCUCCUGUGUGACUACUAUUUGCCUUACGCCCUGGGUGGUGGCUAUGUGCUCUCUGCAGACCUGGUGCAUUACCUGCGACUGAGCCAUGACUAUUUCAACAUGUGGCAAAGUGAAGAUGUGUCUCUGGGUGCUUGGUUGGCUCCUGUUGAUGUGAAGAGGGUGCAUGACCCACGUUUUGACACUGAAUACAAGUCACGGGGCUGCAACAAUAAGUAUAUUGUCACUCACAAGCAGAGCAUUGAGGACAUGCUAGAGAAGCAUCAGACUUUGGCCAAGGAAGGGAAGCUCUGCAAGGAGGAGGUUAAGCUCAGGCUAUCCUACGUGUAUGACUGGGGAGUGCCUCCUUCACAGUGUUGCCAAAGGAAAGAUGGCAUCCCCUGAAAGUUUUGGAAAAAGGAAGGGCAAAGUAUCAAAGGGGAACUCUCUGGGCUGGAUCAUUGUCAUAUGGGGACACCCCCGGUGUGUAAGGCUUAAAAAUUAUUCUGAGAUUUUUGCACGAUUCAUGUAUCGAGACUGUGUGCAGGACCAACAUAGCACCAUAAUUCAUAAAAGCUACUGAAGUGCUGUGAUUUGUCUACAGAGACACAAAAUACAGGAAUAAAGGGGGAAAGUGAGGGAAAGGUUAUGUGAUGGACCUUAGUGCAAAGGUGGGGGGAAGCAAACUCUUUUUUUUUAAAUAACUUGGAUGCAGAUGCAAGUUGGAAGAUGUGUCCCAGAUUCCAAAGUUUGUUUGUUUAAGGACAUGUCAUGCCUUCUCACCAUCCCUGAGAUUGUGAAUAUAAUGUCUGCUGUUAAAUUUCUGCAGGGAAAAAGUGCCAUUUUGGCCAACCAUACUGGCAGGUUUUGAAGACUGUAAUAAAAAGAUAGCAAAUCAGUUGCUUGUGCCAGUGGAAGCAGGUGGCUGGUUAGAACCACUGGCCUGGCAUCUAAAUGAAGGGAAGCAUUUGUCAGAUAUUUGCACAGGUUACUUUAUACUCUCGCUGAGGGAGGGGAGGGUGUGUCCAGUCUUUGGAAAGUGUACUGAUUUAAUUAGAAUAGGUUUGGGUAAUAUCCCUGAAUUUAAAUCUUGAAUCAUUUUUUUUUUAAGUGGUUUAUGAUGUACUACGUAACCUGGAUUAUCUGGCAGCUACUAAAUAGGUCUGUAUUUGGAAAAGCGUAUGUGUUAUGCCAUAUUGCAGUAUUAGGAUAGGUUCUCAACUAUCUUGAUUUGGAAGUAAACAUUUAUGCUACAAACCUAGCACUCAGUUAUUGGGAUUAGAAGCUGUGCUUGUAGUCUCCAAGUGCAUUGUGUACAAAGAAAUCUUAAUUUCCUAAUUUUUACAAAAAAUAAUCACACUGAGAAGUAUAUGAUCUAAUUAUGCAAACAAUAGGACUAUUUACAUCAGUAAGGAUUACCUGUGUGAGUAAGAGUUACCUGUAACAUCUCACAUUGGAAGUACAAAACUUUAUCAAGUUAUCUGGACUAGAUUUUUAAAGUAAAGUAAUAAUUCUGUGUUUUAAAAAAAAAAAUCUGAGGAAUAGGUUAUUUUAGUUGCUAAUAUGGUAUGUAAAUGACUGGAAUUUAUUUUUUCACUUCUCUAUAGUCCUGUCUACACUACAAACGAAUCCAUUGCUGACAAGGGUUGUUGGGCAUGUUUGGGGUUUAAUUGAGAGUAUAAAUGGGCCACUUUUAGCACAGUGACAGAAUGCAUUACACUCUCAAAUAAUUCUAGCACGUGUUCUGUGCAGACUUUUAGUUGUGUGACUCUGAAUAAUCCUGACAUCCGAUAAUGAUGUUGAAAAUGGUUCCAUCUGCGCACACAAUUACACCUUUGUCCACACUGGUUCAGGGGGACUCCCUUCUGAAAACCCUUGUCAGCAACAGAUCUCUUUUCUAGUAAAGACACAGCUUUAAAGUUGAUGCCUAAAGACCAUGUUCACACUCUUCAGGCUUUCUUACGGUUUAUUGCACAGUGCACUUUCAUACUAGUGUUAUUUCUUUCAUUGGCCAGUACACCUCUUUCUCUUACCUGUGGAGGGAGACUUCAACUUUAAAUAAUAAGAGUUGGUACUGACAUAACAUUUUUGCUUCUCAGACCUGAUUUAGUAAUUUAUUCCAAAGGAAUCAAAUGAAUUUAUUUUCUCAAUUAAAAUCCAUUUCUUCUAUCUAGUUUUAAACAAUUUCUUGAGAGGAUUAAGUGGGGAAAAAAAACUCUUUUGGAAAGCAGGGCUUUGGAGCUAUGCUCCGGCUCUGCUCCAGUGCCAGGCAAA